AUGGAUAUUCAAAAUGGAACCCUGUGCAUCCUAGGUUGUGGAAACCUGGGCAUUGCCAUUCUAAACGGCUUGAUCAAUGCACCCGCAGAGAAGUCCAAAGAGUUACCAUUUGCUCAAUACACCGCCUGCGUGCGCAGUGAAAGCUCAGAAAAAAGACUGUCUGAGAGAUUCGCCGAAUAUCUCGACAAAAUAAGCAUUUCCCGCGGCAACAAUGUCCAAGCCGUCCAAAACGCCGAUGUCAUCAUCCUAGGCGCGGAUCCUGCUGAUAUCGGGACUGUCCUCACACAAACCGGGCUCCGUGAGGCCUUGGCCAACAAAUUGAUCAUCAGCAUUGCAGCCGGGUGGACAAGAGAAAAGCUUGAAACCACACUAUACGGGAGCGCAACCACCGCGGACAACACAGCGGACAGAGCCUGGGUGGUGCGCACAUUGCCGAACAUUGCAGCCCAGGUGUCUCAAUCACUUACGGCUAUUGAGACAUCAGAGCCUGCAUUGCCGGAGAGGUAUCUCCAGAUAACGACGUCGAUCUUCGAGCAGAUUGGCAAGGCAGUACAUGUGGAUCCGAGGUUGAUGAAUGCUACAACCGCUGUCGGGGGCUCAACGCCGGCUUUUUUCGCUGUGAUUUGCGAUGCAAUGAUUGAUGCUGCAGUGGCGGUGGGUCUUCCGCGAGACCUAGCUCAUACUAUGAUCUUUCAGUCGAUGCAAGGGACGGCGACGAUGCUUCAGAGUGGUAUUCACCCCGCUCUAUUGAAGGAUCAGGGGACGUCUCCCGAGGGAUGCACAAUUGGUGGGUUGAUGGUGAUGGAAGAGGCUGGUGUGCGUGGGCAUGUUGGACGGGCGCUUCGGGAAGCUGUUACUUUGGCUCGUUUGAUGGAGACGACACCUCAUGUCAAUGAUACAAGGCAUUAA